AUGGCAGCAGUACAACAAAUUAGUAAGAAGAAGAAGGCCGUUGCCGAUGGAGUUUUCAAAGCUGAAUUGAAUAAAUUCCUUACCAAAGAGUUGGCUGAGGAUGGUUAUUCUGGAGUUGAAGUUCGCAAAGCUCCAUCCCGUACUGAAAUCAUCAUCAUGGCUACCCGUACCAUCAACGUUCUUGGAGAACGUGGACGUAGAAUUCGUGAACUUACUUCUCUUGUUCAAAAAAGAUUUGAUAUUCCUAAAGGACAAGUUGAACUUUAUGCUGAAAAAGUAAACAAACGUGGUCUUUGCGCUGUUGCUCAAUGCGAAUCUCUUCGUUACAAACUUAUUGGAGGACUUGCUGUUCGUCGUGCCUGUUACGGAGUUAUGCGUUUCGUUAUGGAAUCUGGAGCUCAAGGAUGUGAAAUCAUCGUCUCUGGAAAGCUUCGUGGUCAACGUGCUAAAGCUAUGAAAUUCUCUGAUGGUAUUAUGAUUCACUCUGGUCAACCAGUUCGUGACUAUUGUGUUUCUGCCAUCAGACAUGUUGAAAUGAAACAAGGUGUUAUUGGAAUCAAAGUAAAAAUUAUGCUCCCACAUGAUCCUGAAGGUAAAUAUGGACCAAAGAAUCCACUUCCAGAUCAAAUUAGAAUUGUUGAACCAAAAGAAGAUCCCUUCCCAGCUCAACCAUAUUCUGAACAUAGACAAGAACCACCAGUUGCUGUUUAUGAGAAAGAACAACAAUAA